CGAAAACCUGUGCGACCGGGUCGCUGAACCACUGACCAGCACUGACCAGCAGUAUUGAAAGCUGGUUUCCUUCCACCGGAUGUGCCAUGGUGGAGAUCUACCGAGGCUGCGAUCGAGCUGUGUCUUCCGCGCUGAGGGUGCAAGACUCCCGCAUCCCGGGCGCUGGAAUGGGGCUCUUUGCCGCGGAGGAACUCCCGGAGUAUGUGGUCAUCGGCCAAUACAGUGGCGAAGUGAAGGACUAUGCCCGCUUCGGCGAGAAGGUUCAACGAUUGGGUCACAAUCACUUGCAUCCCUUCUACCUGAAGCCAGGGCUUUUGGUGGAUCCCACUGAUGAGGAGGGCGCUUUGCACCCUGCCUCCCUGCGCUUUGCCAGCCUGGCGACCGGGGUCAGCUUUUGGAACAGGUCCAUGGCCUUUACGAAUGAAGCGCCGCCCGGCGAGCGGUACAACCUGUUGGCCUUGUACGCCCAACCUUGCGCUGACCAGGAUCCUGCCGUGUAUUUCUGCACCCGGGAGCGCGUUCCGAAGGGCAGCGAGCUCUUCGUUUGCUAUGGCUACGACCAUCCUCGAGAAUAUCCUUGGGCAGAUCCUGACAUCGACUUGGACACACACCAACGCCAGCAGAUCUGCCAGAGGCACCCGCACCUGUCGCCGGAGUUCCCCCCCAAGGACCCGCUGGUGCAGCGGCCCCAGGAUGUGGUGGAAGAAGUGGUGAGGAAGGAGCCAGUGGAGAGCCACUUCGAGGUGGGCACUGACGCUUGGCGCACCGACUUCUCCGACGUGGUACUGGAUGCGCCGGUCUACGAGACGGACUCCGAGUGAGGCGAGCGUUGGGACGGAAACUCCCCCAGUUUUGGGGGGAUUCCAAGCAGCAUGAAUGGAAAUAGGCUAGGCAGGCUAGGCCCCAAAAAGAAGAACUAUAUGGAUUGACUGAGGGUUCUACACCAGGACGUUGAUAUGAUGUGAAGGCGGUCUUUGGAAGGCCAAAAAGGGUACGCUGAGAGGUUCGGAGCAGCUCAGAGUGUUUGGAGUCGAGAGCUUCGCAGAUAGGGCAGAUCUUUGCUCCAGAUUUUGGGUGGGUGGUUGGUGGUCAGAAGUCGCUGGUGGCUUCGCUUCUAGGA